AGCAACUGAGAUCCAAGUGGUGAACAAUUAUAAAGAUGGCGUUAAUUAAAGAGGAGAGUGAAGACAUAAAGAUCGAAGAGGCAUUCAGAGUGAAACAAGAAGAUACUGAGGAACAAACAGAUCUGAUGGUGUUGAAAGUGGAGAGUCAAGAACUGAAUGAAAAGGAAGAGAAAGGCCAGUAUGAGAAACAUCAUGACUUCAUAACUUUUAGUUGCUCAAAGAGUGAAAAGACUUCCUCAGGGAAAAGAGCUAAAACAAGAAGUUAUUUCACCUGCUCUCAGUGUGGAAAGAGUUUCAGUCAACAUCGCUACCUUAAGGUCCACCUGAGAAUUCACACUGGAGAGAAGCCUUACACAUGCACCCAGUGUGAAAAAAGUUUCACUCAAAAAGGAAGCCUUAAAAUCCACAUGAGAAUACACACUGGAGAGAUCCCCUUCACCUGCCAAGAGUGUGGAACCAGUUUCACUCAAAAAGGAAGCCUUAAAGUCCACAUGAGAAUUCACACCGGAGAGAACCCUUUCAUCUGCCAAGAGUGUGGAACCAGUUUCAUUCGAAAACAAACCCUUAAGAGCCACAUGCGAAUUCACACCGGAGAGAAGCCUUACGUAUGCCCUCAGUGUGGAAAAAGCUUUACACAUAAAGUAACACUUAAUGUCCACAUUAGAAUUCACACUGGAGAGAAGCCUUUCUCAUGUGGUCAAUGUGGAAAGAGUUUUAGAGGUAAAGUAAACCUUAAUUGCCACAUGAGGAUUCACUCAGGAGGGAACUGUUUUAUAUGUCAUCGGUGUGGAAAGAGUUUCACAGACAGUAAACAUCUUAAGAGUCACGUAAUAAGUCACAUCGGGGAGAGGCCUUUUAUGUGCAAUCACUGUGAUGUUAGCUGGGAGAGAAUUCCAAAGGCGAGGAGCAGCACUACUAAAGGAUCUAUGGGUCAGGUGGUGUAUGGAGGAGACCCAAUGAAGAGGAGCGGAGAGUUUGAGAAGGGGUUGUAG